AUGGGUGCCCAAACGAAGAGUCUUCGCUUCGCUUUUGUCCUCGCGCUAACCUUCGCGAGCCUGUCCUCCCUCCACGCGGCGGCAGCAUCGGCCCGUCCCGGUGCCCCCAAGAUCGACGCGAAUGCGGCUCUGCAGCCCCCCCGCAGACUGGCGGAACGUUACGACGUGGCGACUGCUGCAAAUUCGGCGAACCUGGAUAAGGCGCGCAGCUUGGAGGAGGAGGAGGAAUUGCCCUCCCACUUGGGGGGAGGGGCUGACUCGUCUGCAAAUUCGGUGAAACUGGACAAGGCGCGCGGCGGCGGGGAGGAGGAGGAAGAGGGCUUCCAUUGGGCAAUGGGGGCUACCACGAAUGACCGCGCGGGUAGUAACCCCGCGAGUAACAGCGCGGCUGAUCGUGCGGCUGAACCCGUGGCUGGCUCAAAGCCAGGAGGAGGAUAUUUCAGCGGAUGGACGAAGGGACUCAGUAACAGCUUCUCGAACGCAGGGACCUCGUUCACGAAUGGUGUCAUAAACAGUGUCGAUGCCGCCCGAAAAAAUGCCAUCAGCGCCAGCAACAGCUUCGCGGAGGGUGUCCAAAACAGCGCCGCGGCCGCCAGAGACGCGGCCGACUAUGUGGCAAACAACCCGGCGAAUACGGCUGCGGGGCUCGUUGUUGGCGGAGUGGCGGGGGGACUGAUGGCGGGAGCCGGAACGAUUGCGCGCCACGCACACACCGCGACGAUGGAGGAAAUUGGGAGCUUUGGCGCGGGGGGCGCGGGAGUAGCGCACCUGCCAGUGCUGGGGCAGCCACAGCCAUAA